AGAGGUGUGGGCAAACUUUCUUCUAGCUGUUUCUCCUUGCGGCUGCUUGCCUAGUGGUGGGAGUGUCUACGUUUCUGGCCAGAAGGAGCUGCAAAUGCCAAAGAGCCUGGAGGCUAUAAAGGAGGGUUCCCUGCUGAGCGCUGGAAGGCACAACUUGCUUUCGAAACUAUUCCCUUCUCCAAAUAAGUAGAGGUCAUGUUGAUGGUCCUUGGAACGAAAAUUUGCGAUACCUUUUCCGGAGAACUGAAGUCAUAACUGAAGAAGAAAGUGGGAUCCACGGUUUCUUACUUCGUUGAAAUACCAAAAUUGCAGGAGACAGUCUUUUAUGAAGAAGUAGAAGAUAUUUUUUAGAAAUCAGACAGGAAUUCAUUAGUUCUGCCACACCUGUUAGGCCUGAUGGAUACCAUAGAGACAGCAAAGCUUGAAGAGCACAUGGAAGGCCAGAACACUGAAACUUCAAAUGGUUAUGCUCGACCCGCUCUCACUGUCAGCGAGGAAGACAAGAAUGGCAGCAGCAAACCAAAAAGUUUAUCCAACGGUUUGCGAAAAGGUGCUAAAAAGUAUCCAGACUAUGUACAGAUUUCUAUGCCCACUGAAUCUAGAAACAAAUUCCCUUUAGAGUGGUGGAAAACAGGCAUUGCCUUUGUCUAUGCUGUCUUCAAUUUAAUUCUAACGACUGUCAUGAUCACAGUGGUACAUGAGAGGGUGCCUCCCAAGGAGCUCAGUCCUCCAUUGCCAGAUAAGUUUUUUGAUUAUAUUGAUCGCGUGGAAUGGGCUUUUUCUGUAUCAGAAAUAAACGGAAUUAUACUAUUUGGAUUAUGGAUAAUCCAGUGGCUUUUUCUCAGAUACAAAUCAAUAGUAGGGCGAAGGUUCUUUUUUAUACUGGGAACAUUGUACCUCUACCGCUGCAUUACAAUGUAUGUCACCACCCUACCUGUGCCUGGAAUGCAUUUUCAGUGUGCUCCAAAGCUAAAUGGAGAUUCUCAAGCUAAAGUUCAGCGGAUUCUGCGACUAAUUUCCGGUGGUGGACUGUCUAUAACAGGUUCACACAUCUUAUGUGGAGAUUUCCUGUUCAGCGGUCACACUGUCGUGCUAACCCUCACAUACCUAUUUAUCAAAGAAUAUUCACCUCGUCACUUUUGGUGGUAUCACUUGAUCUGCUGGUGUAUGAGUGUAGCUGGAAUAAUCUGCAUCCUGGUAGGACAUGAACAUUACACUGUUGAUGUCGUCAUUGCUUAUUAUAUCACCACAAGGCUCUUCUGGUGGUACCAUGCAAUGGCUAAUGAAAAGAACUUGAAAAUCUCAUCACAGACUAACUUUCUGUCUCGAGCAUGGUGGUAUCCAAUAUUCAAUUUCUUUGAGAAGAAUGUACAAGGCUCGGUUCCUUGUUGUUUCUCAUGGCCAAUAUCUUGGCCCCCUAGCUGUUUCAAGUCUUCAUGCAAAAAAUAUUCCCGAGUUCAGAAAACGGGAGAGGACAAUGAAAAAUCCACUUGAAGAAACUGAAGGCAAGAAAAUGGAUCAACUUGUUAUUUUUACCAAAAACAUUUGCGCUAUAACCAAAGCUCUUAAGAUGACUAGAUUGUUAACAGAAAAAUGGACCAAACUUUGUGCAGCUGCUCUGAGAAAAGACAAUUGUAGACACACACAAAAUAAUUAUUACCCUUGGUAUGUUUUUCUAGUCAUAUUGUACAGUUCCUCCAACCCGCUCUUCAGUGCCAGUAGACACUGGUACUCAGCGACACUCUGGUGCCAACAGAAUACUUCCUGAGGAGAAGAGGAGCCAGGAUAUUGGUUUCUUAAUGAGAUUAAGAGGUGCCAAAGAACACAUCACACCAUCUGUUGUUAAAUAUCACUUAUCUGCAGAAGCACCGAUACAAAAUAGCAGCUUCAGACUUCUGGAGCUUGAGGAUAGGAAACUAUAAGAGGCGCAAUACUGGUUUCUCUAGCUAUAUACAGAAUAGCAGAAAUUGGCAGACAGUGGUUUUAUUAUUCUCACUAGUGAAGGCAAGACCUGUGAUACUUGACUGGUGAAACCAGAAGUGAGCCUUGAUCUUUUUAUACUCUCUUUUAUGGGAAUGAAUAUAUUAUGACCCUGUAAUGCCACCACAGUUUCCAUAUACUCGAUCCUCUAUUGACUUUUACAUUUUUUAAAAAAUAAGUGGUCAUUUUAUAUACGAAAAUAAAAGCUAUUUUACCUGAUGAUACUGUAAGUUAGAAAUAAUGUCUACUAACAUCAUCGGGGUUCUGCAAGAGGAAAACUAAUUUAUUGUUAAAAUACAUCUAUGUAAGUCAAGAGAAUUAUUUACAUUUCUGCUGGUCAGUUACCUUGCAUGAAUGUGGGGCAUGUGUGCAUAACAUAUUUUGAGUAUAUACACUCAAAAUAUGGAGGCUCUGCAGUCAUACUCUGCAGUCACAGAAUGUUGCCAUUCCUUCAGGCAAU